UACAAAAUGCUGAGGUCCACAUAUAUUUUGGUUGCAACAUUUAUGGUUUGUUUCACCCUAACGGAAUGCAGAGAAGUUUCACGUCAGGAUCAGUGCUCUUCUUCGGUGAUGCCGUUGUUGAAUCUUAUGGCUGCGUGUCAAGAGCGUUUGAAGGCCUGUGAAGCUAGUCAUUUAAACGACACCAAUGCGAGUUUGAGGAGUAUACAAAACCAGCUGGAAUCGAUGAAGAAGGUCGUCCCGCAGAACUUCCAAAAGAUUGGAUCCAGGUACUUCUACUUUGAGGAAAACCACAAGCGAAAUUGGUUUGCUGCUGCAAAUGCAUGCCGGCAGAUGGGUGGUAAUCUAGCCAGUAUCCAGAGUGACGAUGAGCUGGCCGCCAUCAAACAACAUCCCAAACGCAACUAUAACGAGCACUAUUGGCUGGACAUUAACGACCUGGCCACUGCUGGUCAGUAUAUGUCCUCCACAUCCGGCCAGAUUGCUCCGUUUUUGAAGUGGGCUUCGACGGAGCCAAAUAAUUUAAACGAUGUAGAGCACUGCGUUGAUCUCUAUUGGGAGCAGAUGUACGAUAACAACUGCUACACAAAACAAUAUUAUUAUAUUUGUCAGGCGAAUAUUUAAAAACAUGAUUAAAUCGAAAUAAAAUUUGCAGCAGUUAUCACCAUAAUAA